AUGGAGCUUAGUUUUUACGCUUGGUUUAUAUUUCGAGGACGAGAAUUUAAGGAGCUGAAAGGGGGUCGGUCAUUCCAGAAGUUGGGCUACACAGACCUAAACCUGGCUGAGUUUGCAGGAUCAGGUCAAACAAUUCGACGCUGCCUAUUAGAGGGCAACCGACCGAACCAGUCGAUCUUACCGGCACGCUCACCACCGCAGCCGGCGCUCGCUAGCGUUGGGCCAUCGCCCAACGCCGCACUCAGGGAAGAAAUAGAGGACCUCUCCCGACAGGUGGCAGCACUCCGGGCCGAGCAGAAUCGCCCCCGCAACAGCUCCAGAGACCCUUCGCCCAACUCCAAAGAGCAUCCUUCCAACCCCAGAGACCCCUACUACAGAACCAGGUUCUCCCACCCAGUUACCAGGAACCACCACACACACAACCGAUCCCCUUCCCGAGACGACCCCGCAACCACCCUCUGCUGGUACCAUCGUCGAUUCGGGGCCCGGGCACAAAGGUGUACCUCACCCUGUGACUGCCACCAGCAGGAAACUAAAGCAGCAGACACCACCGACGGCACGCGUCAGUUCUAUAACAACGGGCAGCCUCUUCAUCACCGACAAGUACAGCAAGCGGCAGUUCCUGGUCGACACCGGUUCCGACCUGUGCGUAUACCCCCGCAUGCUUGUCCCGUGACGGAAGGGGAGGGUGAACUACGACCUCUGCGCUGCUAA